UGUAGCAGUCAGUAGUUGCCGGACUUCAAAAUAAAAGCCGAUGACAAAAACAAAUUUGGUCAGCAGUGUAGAUUGUUUUGACAAACUAAUUCUAAACUGAAUUCCUAGAACAUAUACCAUGACUUUAUUUCGAUUUGACAAAUAUUUUAUUUGAGAUUUGAAAAUUAAAUAAAGACAACGAUGCCAUCUGAAAUACCGAAUUUCAUCAUUCGUGCAAUGAAUUUGUACGAUAAUGAUGACGUUCUAGCAUUGUGUCAUGAUGCCAACAUAUAUUUGGGUGAUCAAGUUAAUGUGACUAUAAUGAAAAUUGACCACAAUUGUCUUCAUGUCGCUGAAGACAUUGAUAGCGGCAAAGUCAUCGGUGUUUGCAGUGGAUUUAACAUAAACUCUAAAUGUGCUACAUUUGGUGAAUAUUCUAUUGCACCUCGAUAUCGACGGUUCGGCAUUGGAAAUUUAUUAUGGAGCCGUAGUAUCGCGCAUUGUUCCAAUCGUAACUGUGCAAUUCUGGCGUCACCGAAAAAUGUUUUCAAAUAUCGAGAAAAGUCUGGUUUUGGUGUGAUACCGUCUCGCAAAUUAGUGCAAUAUUGUGGCUACCCUCAAUUGUUUAUGCUAAACAAAUAUCAUGAAGAUUGUGAUUUCGAAUGGAUCAAUGUUUACAAUCUACCCGAUGUGAUUGCCUACGAUGAACAAGUUUGUGGAUUCAAUCGUGCACAGUUUAUUCAAUAUUCAAAUGGAGAAUCCAGUUCGGUUGGAAUGAUGGCUAGAGAUAUACACAGCGGUAAAGUCAUGGGAUAUGGUAUAUUUCGUCGAUCGAAUCUAUUCUCAACAAUCAUUCCACAGCCAUUGUAUGCAACUUCGAUCGAAAUAGCAGAAGCAUUAAUGUAUAAUGCUUUGCAAAAAUUUGCCGGAUUCGAUAAAGUUGUUAUGGAAUGUUGGGAUAUCAAUGUCGAAGCGACUACAUUGGCUACACAUAAACUUGGAUUAGAUCUGGUGAAAACUUUGAACAUAAUGUUCACCGAAAAUGAUAUUGGAGCCAAUUUCGGCAAUAUUAUAUGUAAUAGUCCUUCUCCAUUUUAUCCAUUCUAGGGUUUUUAGAUUUUUCAUGAAUUAUCUUUCGUUUAACGCUCAGCAUUCAAAGUUAUGGAUUGGUUUUUAUUAGCUAUAUGUAAUUGUUAAGCAUUUAAACGUUUCUUUGAUGGGUUUACUUGCCAACCUCCGGCAAUAUAUGGAAUAUAUAUGCCUAGUAUAGUAUUUCGAUAAUCCUGAAUUUGAUUUCAUGUUUUUGUUUAUUUUAUUCCUAGUAAAAAUGUCAAUUAUUUUGAUCUUGGUGAUCUAUUAAAAUAUCAAUUUUUUAUUCAA